AUGGAUGCUAUAAAAAGAGCCAGUUUUGCUUCUAAACAAAUCAAAGCAGGACUUGCUCCAUUAGCUUCUUUUGAAGACUUGCCUUCUGAUGAAUUAGAAAGUCCUGAAGAAGUAAGAGUUUGUGCUAGAAGUUCUCUUGAAAUUGAGUCCAUUAGUCAAGAUCUUCAAUUUCACACUCCGGAUUCUCUUACUUAUUCAUCUCAGUCCACACCCCGUGUUGAAAGUGAUUUUGAUUCUCAAUACACUCUUACACCUGGUGAUCCAUAUCAUGGUCAAUCAUCUAGUGAUCUCAGAACUACAUCAUUAUCUUCACUCUCAAAAGAAAGCACAGCUCUUAGUGCCAAACAAAAGAAAGGUUCAGCAGUAUCUUUAGGAACAUAUGAAUCUUCUGAAUUGGAAUACAGUCAAAGAAAAACAUCAUGGACAGAUAUUUUUAAAAAUCAUGAUCAAAACACUUCUAAAAGUACUAAUUCUGUACCAGCAGUAAAUGAAAAAACCAUAAAAAAGAAAUCUCGCAGCAGUGAUGUGUCCAAAGAUUCUUUAGAGACAAAAUCCAAAGAAAAGGGGAAGUUUUUAUCAAUUUUCAAGAAGAAAAGCAGUAAAAAUAUCAAUUCUCCUGUUUCCUCUGAUACUUUCAUUUUACCAAAUGAAAACCUAACUGAGUGUGUUCAAAUUCCUGAAAAUGUGUUGCAGCCAAAGCUAAAUAAUGGCAGUGUUUUUAAAGGUAAAGAAAAUGAACUACCAGAACCUGAAUUUUGUCCAACAAUUACUGAAGUUCAAAAUGACCUAGGUAAAGUAAAUUCUGAAUGUAGUAAAACAACUGACAAUCAUCAAAUAAGCCACAAACAAAGAAAUAUAAGCGAAAAGUCAUUUGAAAAAGAGUAUAAUAUUUUAUCUAAAGUUGAUGGGAAACAAGUAGAUCAACUUUCAAAAACUGAAAACAUUAAAGCUAUAGUUGAAGAAUUCCUUGAAUCAUCAGAAUCAGAAUUAACAUUUGAAAGUAAAGAGAUUGUAGAGGAAAAAAAAGAAGAUGAUUUUGAAGCUGAAAUCCUCCUGCCACAUGAUUUAUCUGAAAUAGAAGAAGAUCCAGUUAUGGAAUCUCGGGCAUUUACAUUUGAAGUUUCAAAACAUGUUGUUUUACCAACCCGACAAGAACGAUUGAAGAUAACUACUAAACCAAUUGAUAGGCCACGUAGUACCACACCCAUAAAUGUUGCCCCUUUAGAAGCAUUUAUACAAUCUGUUUCUCCGACAUUUGAUCCAAAAGUGGAAAAAAUUAAGUUGUCUUUGCCAGGGGAACAAUUUACUGGUCGAGAUAAAAGUCCGAAAAAAUCAUCAAUAAAAAGUUGGGCAGAUUUUUGUGAGAGAGGGCUUCAUAGUCCUAGGAUGCAUAAUAAAACUGACAGAGAUGAACAAAAAAGCCCUUUUGAUACUUUAGAUGGUGCGUAUGAUGUGCCAUAUUUCACAUCUAAUGAUAAUUGGGCUGCAUUUGAAUCCAAUUUUAAAAGCUCAGAACUGAAUCGUUUUGGUGAUAACUUUACCGUAUCAGAAAAUAUUAAAAGUGAUUCUAGUGCAAUGCAAGUUUCAGAUAAUUAUGUACAUUUUGAAACCAAUUUUCAAAUAAUUACUUGUUCUUGUGAAUGUCAUAUAAAUGGAUGCAGUUCCUGUGGUGAUUCCAAUUUAUUUGAACCUGAGAGCAUCAAAGGAGAGUUAAAUAUGCAAAGGUGUUGCUGUCAGUGCCACAAUAGAAAAAGUUGAGCUCAAGUUGGGCUA